UUUGUGUCAUACUUCUAUUUGCAACACUUCAUCAUGUGAUUAAAUGAAGAAGUUUUUCUACAUAAUUAAUCAUAUGUCAUUGAAAAUUAUUCUCCUAGAAGCAGUGGCACAUUCAAAAUAAUAAAGGAAAAGUCUUUUUUAAAAGCAAUGACUCAAUUACGUACACUUAUAACGCAAACGUUCCUCUCACUGUUUGUGGCAACAUCCGUUGUACUUAUCAUUUAUCAUGUAUUCACGGGAAAGGGUGAACGCGUUAGUGUGGGCUGGUUUUUGACUUCAACUUCUCCGUAUAUGUGGGGAUGUCUUGGAAUUGGCUUGGCAGUGGCUUUAUCAGUGGUAGGAGCGGCUCUGGGCAUACAUACCACGGGCACAAGUAUUGUAGGCGGUGGCGUCCGAGCACCCCGUAUCAAAACAAAAAACUUGAUUUCUGUAAUUUUUUGUGAGGCCGUAGCAAUUUAUGGCCUUAUCACCGCCAUCGUCUUAACAGGGCUAUUGGAAGAGUUUAAAAUGGAAACUGCUCUUUCCAAUGAAGCUGUUAUGAACAACAGUUGGACUGCCGGCUAUGUGAUGUUCGGCGCCGGUUUGGCUGUAGGUUUAGUCAAUUUGUUUUGCGGUGUUUCCGUUGGAGUUGUUGGCUCUGGCGCCGCCUUGGCUGACGCGGCAAACUCGAUCUUAUUUGUAAAAAUCUUAAUCGUGGAAAUUUUUGGUUCCGCUAUUGGUCUCUUUGGUUUAAUUGUGGGCAUCUACAUGACAUCCAAAGUGAAAAUGGGUAGCAAGGAGUAAAAAACAGCACACACAAGUUUCUAUAAUUGUUUAAUCAUUCCUUCAAAAAUGUCAUGUUGGAAACCCCACUGCUGUCUGUAAAAGCCAAAUCAACAAUCUAUUGCAGUUUCUCGCCCAUUAUGAGUAAGGACUUCAUGCGUAUGUGUGCGCAAAUUCGUUACUGUAUCAUUUAAAAAUAUAUAUUAUAGGACUAAGUUAUAAAUGCUUUAAAUCUUCCAAAACUUGCGUUUAUAAGAGAAAAAGUCAGCAUCAAACUAAAAUCUUCCUUUUAGGAGGCAAUGUAAGUUUUUGAAGAUUUAUGUUAUUAAAUUAGUUAUAUAAAGCUUAUAUUUGUUUAAAAAGUGUUUGUGUGUUUUAGAUUC